GGGGCUCCUCUCGGCUCCAAGCAGGCUGCCAUAACUCGGCUAAGCUCGGGCGGUAGGCGCAUCCGAACACUCAGACCCGACGCAAAUAUGAACCGUUGCACGUUUUGACACCAGUCGUCAUCGUUUUGCCUGUUUGUUGUCUCCCCCCUGCCCCCUCAAGGAUCAAAGCCAGAAGCAGAAGCCAUCCUCUGCAAGCCGGACGGGAGGCGAGGUCAUGUUGCACGGUUGCCGCAAGCCCACGUGCCUUGAUCCCAAUCUGAAGUUCUGAGCCAUCUCAACACCGCGGCCCGUCUCUUCCUCCGCAAACCGGAACCGGCACUUCUGAAAGGAUGUGAGCAUUACCCGAAAAACGGGAGAAAACGCAAUAAGCCUUGGGAAAAGUUGGCUCGCUUGGCCGCGAUGGACGCACGCCUCCGCUGAUAAAUAACCAGGACUGCACCAGCUCUGUUUGGACAGAGACGAUGGUGUUGUUUCUGAUCGGGAUCUCUGCAGCCGCGAACAUUUCAUCUCAUGACAACCAAACGGCAGGGAACCCCACCCACCAGGGUGCUCAUGUGCUGCCCUCCACGUUGAUCUUGUCCCUUGUGCUCAUCUUUGUCGUCCUGCUGACCAUUUACUGCCUCAGGUUCAAGAACCACAGGAAAGCGCUGGUUACUUCUGUGGAUAAAAAACUUCCAAAUGGCUUCCUGGAAGAACAAGGAGAGCAAAGAGUGGUCCUCCUGCCCAGAUCCCCCUCGCUCUCCAAGAGGUACUUCCCCAUCCCGCUGGACGCGCUGGAGGAGGAGUACCGCGCGCGCUCGGCCGACGACGGCAAGCUCUUCCGAGAGGAGUUCAAUUCGCUGCCCUGUUACUACCGCCACGGGUCCUUUGAGGAGGCCAGCAAGGAGCACAACAGAGACAAAAACAGAUACCCCAACAUUUUGCCAUAUGACCAUUCCAGAGUGCUAUUGAGCAGUCACAUGGGUCACGCGUGUUCAGACUACAUCAACGCCUCUUACAUAGAUGGGUUUAAGCAAAAGAAGAAAUUUAUUGCUGCUCAAGGUCCAAAAUUGGAGACGGUGGCCGACUUCUGGCGGAUGAUUUGGGAGCAGAAGACGGCAACCAUAGUGAUGCUGACCAAUCUGAAAGAAAGGAAAGAGGACAAAUGCUUCCAGUAUUGGCCAGAAAAGGGCUGCUGGAUGUACGGCAACAUCAGGGUGGCCAUGGAGGACGUCACCGUUCUGGUGGACUACACCGUUAGAAAAUUCUGCCUUCAGUAUCAGGACAGUGAUGGACCCCGGGCCCCGUGCCUGGUCACUCAGCUCCAUUUUACCAGCUGGCCAGACUUCGGGGUGCCGUUCUCGCCCAUAGGCAUGCUGAAAUUCCUCAAGAAGGUCAAGGCUGUCAACCCGCCCUACGCCGGACCCAUUGUGGUGCACUGCAGUGCGGGCGUGGGGAGGACAGGCACCUUCAUUGUCAUUGACAGCAUGAUCGACAUGAUGCACACGGAGCAGAGGGUGGACGUCUUUGGCUUUGUGAGCAGAAUACGAGAGCAGCGCUGUCAACUCAUCCAGACCGAUAUGCAGUACUCCUUCAUCUAUCAGGCCCUGUUGGAGUACUACCUGUACGGGGACACCGAGCUAGACGUGUGCUCUCUGGAGGGGCAUCUGCACGGGCUUCAUAACACCAGGGCCCCCCACGACAGACUGGGCCUGGAGGAGGAGUUCCGGACAGACUUUUAUGACGGUUACAUCACAUGGAGUCUCUUCUGUAUGAGCUGUAAAAUACAUCUUGAGAGUUCUCGUGCUGUUUUGGACCCAAGUGACACUUUUCCUCUUCUUCCUACUUUUAUUGGCUUGAAAAAGUUCUUUGUUUUUUUUUUUUUUGGUGUUCCUGGCACAGAUGAUUUCAACCGAGUCAUACUUUCAGUGAAACGAGGGCAGGAGUUCACCGACUACAUCAAUGCCUCUUUUAUUGACGGCUACAGGCAGAAGGACUAUUUCAUCGCAACCCAGGCCCCCCUGUCUCACACGGCGGAAGACUUCUGGAGGAUGGUGUGGGAGUGGAGGUGCCACUCGAUCGUUAUGCUCACUGAACUAAAGGAGAGGGAGCAGGAAAAGUGUUUCCAGUAUUGGCCAUCAGAGGGCAGUGUGACAUUUGGAGACUACACCGUGGAGCUGAGCGGAGACUCGCAGGGCGAAACCUUCACUCUCAAAGACUUGGUGCUCACCCGCACAGCAGAGAAGCAGUCUCAACACGUGCGUCAUUUCCACUUCCACGGAUGGCCCGAGAUCGGAAUACCGACGGAGGGCCGGGGGAUGAUUGACAUCAUCGCCUCGGUGCAGAGGCAGCAGCAGCAGUCUGGAAACCGUCCCAUCGUGGUGCACUGCAGUGCCGGUGCCGGUCGGACGGGGACCUUCAUCGCCCUCAGCAACAUUCUGGAGCGCGUGAAGGCGGAGGGCCUGCUUGACGUCUUCCAGACCGUCAAGAGUUUACGCAUGCAGCGGCCGCAUAUGGUGCAGACCGUGGAGCAAUACGACUUCUGCUACCGAGUGGUGCAGGAUUUUGUCGACAUCUUCUCGGACUACGCCAACUUUAAAUAAGGCACACUUUCCACUGUCUGCUUUCCAAUCAACUUAUGCAAGCGACUUUCUUUUAUUUAUUUAUUUUUUGGGUUUGUCGAAUGUACAUUUUCUAAAGUUUUACAUUUUGUAUCAUACUGUAAUAUGCGCAAACAUAUCUGUCCUUUUGCGCCAGUCUUUUUAGGAUGACAUUUGACUUGAAAAGACUUGCUUCGUACAUUAAAAUAGGUCGAGUAACAUGAUGUAAAUACGGUGGUGCCUUGAGAUAGCGGUGAAAAUAGAAAGUACGCAUUGUAGUACAUUGAAGUACACAAACGGGCGCGCGGCGUUGCCGUGCAGUCUGCUAGCUUCAUGCGAACGCGCAAUGGAAAAAGCCAUAGCCAGGCUAGCAAAUAGCAUCUUAGGUGGCAGUGUUCACACUUUAAGGAACUGAUAUUAAGAUACCGAUAGUGCAACAACGCUUACGGAUGGACAAAAUAACAUCACUCACAGACAUAUAUUCUUUAUGCUCUGCGAGACGCCACGCAUUACUGCUGUUUACGGAGUCGCGGUCGUGGCGACAUGCUUCUUUGUUUGUGUUAGGAUUUUAAUUAAGGUGGGCUAGUACCCUUUCCGGAUAUUUUUUUUUUUUCCAAGGUUUCGGGUUGUCGCAAAGGAUGCCGAUACCAGCCACCAGUACCUAAGACAAAAAAACAAAUCAGACGUAGAUUAAGUCUUUCUUGCCAAUAGUUGUUGCUAAACUGUGGAUGUCGGACACCUGGGCCAUGAAUUAUCCAUCCUUGUGUUCAUUGAAAUUUGUGGUAUCUUAAGGACUAGUGGUAUCAGUACUUGGUAUCGGUAUUGGUGGGUCUUCAAGAGUGAAUACAUGUAUUGGUGUAUAGGUCUGUAACAAACAAACAAAAAAGUGGAAUUAAACAUCCUUGGUUAUUAUGUUUAUAU